AAGUCUCCAUUGCUGAGGAAUAUUAGAAUGCAACGAAGAGGAGACAAAAACGAACGUAGCUUGAAUUAUUUUCAACAGCGCCAUGUCGAAAAGAAAAGUGACAUUUGAGGACGGAAACGGGGAGUUUGACCUGGAAGAUGACGGCCCGAAUAAAAAGAACUUCGAGGUUGUCAGUGGACCAGGCUCCAGGUUCAAGGGUAAACACUCCCUCGACAGCGAUGAGGAGGAUGACGGGGACGCUGCAGAGAGUAGCAAAUACAAUAUUCUCGACACUGAUGAUGUAGAGGGCCAAGAAGGAGCAACAAUUGACUAUGAUGAAGGAGUGUCCAUUACACCUUUUAACUUGGAGGAGGAGAUGCAAGAAGGACACUUUGACUCCGAGGGAAACUAUUUCGUCAAGAAGGAAACACAAAUUAGAGACAACUGGCUUGACAACAUAGACUGGGUGAGAAUAAAAGAGCAGCCUUUCAAGAAGAAGAAGAAAGGCCUUGGAGCCAAACGAAAACGCAGAGCUGGUGAUGAGGAUGAGGCUGAGGAAGAAAAACAGAGAGAAGAGCAGCAGGCUGACCAAGAAGAUGAGGAUGAAGAGGAGACCGAGCCCGCAGAGGAUCCGCUGGCUUCCUACACGCAGCAGCAGCUCACUGAAGCAGUGGUCGAGUUGAUGCAACCCGGAGAAACGGUCGCCACUGCUCUCCGGAGGUUAGGAGGCCUGAGUGGACGGAAGAAGGCGAAGCUGAGGGAGGAUAAAGAGCCCACAGAGGAGUCUAAAAGGGACACAGAAAAGCUUGACAGGCUCACAGCCUUAGCGGACAGACUGGUUGGAUCCGGGAUGUUUGAAAUAUAUCAACAAACCUACGAAAAACUGGUCUACAUGAUGAAGAGCAUGACCAGCAAGCGGCCAGCGGUGGAGCAGAAACGAAGCGGUGAUGAUGGCAAUGAGGAAGAAGAUGAUCUCGACAUGUUUGGUGAUAAAUUUGACGAGAAAGUGGGUGGAAAACCCGAGAACAAAGACGAGGAAGACAAAAGAGUGAGUGAUGAAGUCAUGUGGGAAUACAAAUGGGAGAAUAAGGAAAAUUCUGAAAUCUACGGCCCCUUCACCAGCGAACAGAUGCAGGGCUGGGUGGAUGAAGGCUACUUCAGCACCGGUGUCUACUGCAGGAGGGUGGAUCAGGGAGGAUCUCAAUUCUACAACUCGAAAAGGAUUGAUUUUGACCUCUACACAUGAAUCAUGUGGACCAUCAGAUGAAUCGCAACCGAUAUUCUGUGUCAGCGUUUCCUGUUUUACGGGCUUUCCUCAAUCUUUACAUCUGGGUGUAAAAAUUGAAUUUUUAAACCCUGAUUUUUGUUUUCAGCAAGUUUUUAAAUAAAAAUAAGUCAACGUGGUGUUAUGAGCUUUUGGUCUGGAUAGAGGUCACAUUUUGGGUAAAAAAUAUGUAUAUUUUCUAAAACAAAAUAAGAAUCCCAAUGACAGAAAAUCUUUGUCAGCUUUUUAAAUCUGACGAUUCCUGUAAUUUUAGCGAAGAAAAUGCUUCACAACAUUUAGAUCAAGAUCAGCCCUGAUAAAUUAAUGCUACAUCCUAGAUUUUUCUGUUAAAUCACUCACUGUAGAUAUCGUGACCUAUAAAACAGAACAUGUCAUAGUCUUUCUACUUUGCUUUUCUGUUGUAAAAUAUUAAAGAACAAUCUACCCUCUCAAAAA